GUGCCGGCCGGGGCUCCUUGCAGCAGUCGCUGGGGAGAGCAUUUGCAAACAAGUGUCUGUCGCGUUCUACCCGAGGCCCACCCCCGCUGGCGUCCCUUCCUCACUCUGGGGCAGGGUUUUAUGGGGCAAGCGGAAGACGUUCAGCUACUUGCCACACAAUCCGCGAGUAGCCGCUGCCGAGAUCUUGUCCUCCUGCUCCUCCUAGUCCCAUAAUCCCAGCUCCGCCACGGCGGCGCUGGGUGUGAAGAAGUCCGCUUUACAAACAGCUGGGAGGAUUGGGGGCUUUCAGCUGGACUAGUGCCUGGGCAUUCAAAAGGAUCUAUACCGACAAAAGCAACGUGGUUUUGUUUUGGAUUUUGGUCUUGCUUCCCUCCCCCACCCCCGGGAAGCUUCGGGGGUGGCUCAGGCUACCUCCCGUUUUCCAUCUCUUUCUCUCCGGGGAAGAGCUGCCGCCUGGAGAAUGGAUUAUAAUAAACCUGGCGAAGGGGAGAGGAGCAGCUAGCUCGUGAAGCUCUCUGCGCGCCCACAGCCGCUGCCUCUACAGUCGAGUUCAGAGCCCGCCACCCUAGACAUCCCCCAGCAGGGGUCAUCUGGAAGAGGGAUUAGAAAUCAACUACCAGGGCAGUGAGAGGGACGCGGAGAGGAGAGCGAGUGCACUGUGGUGUGGUGUGGACACUACGUGUGUGUGUAUGUUUGUGUAUGUUUGUGUGUUGGUGUAUGUGAGCGUGGAUGUUUUGUGUGUGGUGGAGGGUGUCAUUUUUCCUUCAUUGGGCUUAAUUUCAUGACCCCUUCAACACGUGAUAGAGUUGAUUAAUAAUAGUGGAGUGGUGGGGAGCUCCUUCCCUGAGGAACCUUUCUACUAUGACAGCCUUGGUCUCCAAAGGGUUAACUUGGUCUACUUGGCAAAGUUAUCCCUGGAACGGUAACCUAUUUGGGGAGUUUUAAUUUCAGCUUGUGCUGGUGGCCAAGGGGUUCUAGAGAGUGGGGUUAUCUCAGUAAAGUGGUUUGUGCUUUUUGGGGGGGCCGGGUGGGGAGUUUGACCCCCCCAUUGUCUACCCUCUUUGAUGACUCCUGGAGGCGGUGGGCCCAUGAAAGACUGCGAGUACAGUCAGAUCAGCACUCACAGCUCCUCUCCCAUGGAGUCUCCCCAUAAGAAAAAGAAAAUCCCAGCCAGGAGGAAAUGGGAGGUUUUCCCAGGAAGAAACAAAUUCUUUUGUAAUGGGAGGAUCAUGAUGGCUCGGCAGACGGGAGUCUUCUACCUGACCCUUGUCCUCAUCUUGGUCACUAGCGGACUCUUCUUCGCAUUCGACUGUCCGUAUUUAGCCGUGAAAAUCACUCCAGCUAUCCCUGUGGUUGGCGGGAUUCUAUUCUUCUUCGUGAUGGGUACCCUGCUUCGAACAAGCUUCAGUGAUCCUGGAGUACUACCCCGAGCAACGCCAGAUGAAGCUGCUGACCUGGAAAGGCAAAUAGGUAACGCCGAAGAUAUAGCAAAUGGUACCAGUUCAGGGGGGUACCGCCCACCUCCCCGAACAAGAGAAGUCAUCAUCAACGGCCAGACGGUGAAACUCAAAUAUUGUUUCACCUGCAAGAUUUUUCGUCCUCCUCGUGCCUCUCAUUGCAGCCUUUGUGAUAACUGCGUAGAACGGUUUGAUCAUCACUGUCCCUGGGUAGGCAACUGUGUGGGGAAAAGAAACUACAGAUUUUUUUAUAUGUUUAUUUUAUCUCUGUCUUUUCUGACAGUCUUUAUAUUUGCAUUCGUUAUCACCCACGUCAUUCUUCGUUCCCAGCAAACAGGUUUUCUAAAUGCUCUCAAGGACAGUCCUGCAAGUGUGCUGGAAGCCGUGGUGUGUUUCUUUUCUGUUUGGUCUAUCGUUGGUCUCUCAGGUUUCCACACAUAUUUGAUCAGCUCCAAUCAAACUACAAAUGAAGAUAUUAAAGGAUCUUGGUCAAAUAAAAGAGGUAAAGAAAAUUAUAAUCCCUACAGCUAUGGAAACAUCAUUACAAAUUGUUGUGCUGCCCUCUGUGGGCCUAUCUCUCCAAGCCUAAUUGAUAGAAGAGGAUUUAUCCAGCCGGACACACCACAACCAGCAGCACCGACAAAUGGAAUCACCAUGUACGGGGCCACACAGUCUCAGAGCAACAUGUGUGACCAAGAUCAGUGCAUUCAGAGCACCAAAUUCGUUUUGCAGGCUGCAGCUACACCAUUGCUCCAGAGCGAACCAAGCCUAACCAGUGAGGAGCUCCCUUUGCCAGGAAAGACCACACUGGGCGCUCCCUGUGCUACCUUGUCCCUGGGGCAGCCAACACCACCUUCCUCCAUGCCCAAUCUCACAUCAGAAACUGUUUUGACAGAUAUGAUACCAUUGAAAGAGGAACACGAUGGCCAUCAGUUCCUUACACCAGAGGAAGCCCCCUCACCCCCUGGUAUGUUGUCAACAGGCAGUCCUAUCACACAUAGUCACACCCUGCAUGUCCUAAGCUUGGCCAGCCAAGACUCAUUGCAUGAAGACUCAGUGCGUGGCCUUGUAAAGCUCAGCUCAGUCUGACCAAUGUGGACAGUCAGCACGGGGCGGGGGAGGCGCAGUGCACUUUUCCAAGGAUUUUGCUACUCUCGAGACCAGGUGUGGAAGCCAACAAAAGAGAUCUUCCCAGCAAAGAGCUUCCCAGCACUCCAUAUUCUACUUCCAUCUGGGCCUCGGCGAUGAGGACACCCUGUCGUGGGUUAAUGAACGUCUAGAAAGUAGAUGGAUCGAUUUCAGGGGGCAUUUGGGGGCAGGUCCUAAAGCUCAUAAUUUUGUCUUAUUUGACUUUCCUUCCCUUUCCCCAAUUCUUCAUCCCCUCCCACCCUUAAUAAAAACUGAAAUUGAUACCAACAGUCCAGUUUUCUGAAGCCUCAGGCAAGUGGGAAUUUCCCAGCAGCUGGAAAUCACAUCUCUGAAUCUUUAUUUCGGUAGAAGAAAGAUGUUGGGAUAUAAAUUCCACACUCUGUGUUCUCCACUGUUGUAAUACGCACUGGU